CUGACCCUCUUCUCACUUGGUGCUCUUGCCGUUUACUCUUCGCUCUUCUAAAGCAACGGGAACAGCGAGGAGAUAAAACAGAGAGAUCGAGAGAGAGAGACUGGCGGAGGAGGAGAAGCGGAUCUUUAGGGUUUGGUGGAUCGAGAAAUUAGGGGGCGGGGGAGGUGGAUUGAGUUGGGGACUUGGUCGUCUUGGAUGAUUUCGGGCGGAGAUGGGCUUCGUUCCUAUGCGCAAAUCCUUCAAGGACUCGCUCAAGGUGCUCGAAGCUGACAUCCAGCAUGCCAACUCAGUUUAACUGUGAAAUGGUUAAGCAAAUAUUGGCUCCUAUGACUCUAUGCAGUGGUCGUAUGAGGGCUACUUGUUUUUGUAGGAUGAGCAGUCACAGUGCUUCAGAUUUCCCAAGAGAAUAUGAUGGUGCCUGUCUUCAGAUGCGAAUGUCAUAUAGUCCAACUGCACAUUUGUUCCUUUUCCUAGUACAAUGGACACACUGUAGCUUUGCAGGGGCUCUUGGUCUUUUGAGAAUUCUCAUUUAUAAGGUUUAUGUUGAUGGAAAAACAACGAUGUCCAUCCAGGAAAGGAAAGCGAGUAUCCAGGAGUUCUAUGGUGUGAUUUUACCUUCUUUAAUGCAAUUACCCAAAGGCGUAACUGAUGUGGAGGAUAAAAGACAAAAAACCAUUUGUCUGGAAAGAUAUAGGAGAAGAGAAGAUGAGUGCAAGCAGCAAAUAUCAGAAAUAGAAGUCGAAAGAGAGGAAGAAUGUGCUAUCUGCAUGGAGUCCAACAGCAAGGUUGUUUUGCCAAAUUGUUGCCAUGCUAUGUGCAGGAGGUGCUACCAUCAGUGGAAUGCAAGAUCACAGUCAUGCCCCUUCUGCCGUGAUAGUUUGAAGAAGGUUAAUCCAAGUGACCUUUGGAUACUCACUGACAGGCGAGAUGUAGUUGACAUGGCAUCAGUGGUAAAAGAGAACCUGAGGUGCCUGUUCAUAUACGUAGAGAAGUUACCGCUAGUCAUGCCAAAUUCUGUCGUGAAUGUCUAUGAUUCUCAUGUCAAAUGAUCUACAGGGACACCACUGCUUCUUCACCUAUGACUUCUUUUAUUCGUUAUGCUGCAGCUUGUUUGGAGAUUGUUCUCAUCAGAGCAUGAUAUUACAUUCCUGCUUCUAGGCUGCAUCUGAUUCCUCAGCAUGCUCAUUUAAGGAGGUUAGUCUCUAAGGAUGUGUAUCCCUAUCGGUAAAUAUUUUUCGUUUGUAAGUUGGUUGAUGUAAGCAAACAAGCAAAAUAUAUUAUAUGGAAUGCUGCUUUUUUUUUUUGAUCAAAAUGUUUUGGAUGCCUUGCUCA